AUGAAUUCAACACUAUCUCCAUUGGAAGCUUCAUUUACGAUAAGUGACUAUUACAUUGCUUGCUCAUUGUCCAGUGUCAUAUCACUCAUUGGAGUGUUCGUUUCAAUAUCUGUGUCAAUCCUGGUUUACCGAACAAAACCUCGUUUACACACUGUCAGACACUUGUUAAUAUGCAAUACAUGCGUCGCAUCAAUUCUCUACUGCAUUGUUCAAACUAUCAACUAUAUUUUUCUUAUUUUCUUACGAACAGAAACAAGUGACGUUGGGUGUCGAUGGCGUGGCUACUUUGCUUAUCUGACCAUUGCAGCUGUUACUUAUUCAUAUCUCAUUCAAGCCAUCUCUCGCUUUUUCAUCUCUGUCCUUUCCAGCCAGUAUCGCUGGUUGACAACAUUCAAAACACAUUACAUUCUGAUUUUUCUCCAAUGGCUCACCAUCGUAAUCAUUCCACUACCUUCCAUCCUGACAAAUGACAUAUACUAUCGUCCGACUUCACUCUGUUGGGUACCAUUGAAAAGGUUCAUCCAUGUCAUCUACUCUUAUUCUGCAUAUUACAUUGUGCCCACUAGUUCGGUUUGCAUAGUCUACAUUUUUAUAUUUUAUCGAGUGAAGAAAUUCAGCCAUCGUCCGUGUGCAUUUGCACGACCGACAAACAAAGAGAAGCGCGACCUCGAAUUACUCCGUAACAUUACGGCGCUUUUAUUCAUUUAUUUGCUGGGUGGAAUACCGAGUAUUCUAUUCGCGAUUACAGCAAGUAAACCAAUCUAUUUACUGAGUCUUGUAACGAUGUCGCUGUCGGUAGCUAUUGAAAAGGUCAGUAUGAUCAUGUUAGACCGUGAUAUUCGUCAAGCGAUCAUGAAGUUGCUACUCUCAACGAAACCCGCUUUACAAGUCAAGCCAAUAAAAAGACAUACGUGCAAUCAACUAUAA